AUGGUCAAGAACCAGGCUCUUGGCAAAACUAAAAACUUAAAAAUCGAUCCCUUGGAUGUAACCAGAAGCCUUGGGUAUCAAACUCACAGGCUGAAAGCUCGUAAGCCCUGGAGCAAAGAAGAAGAUGAUCUACUGAGAAGCUGUGUCAAUAAGCAUCUCGUGCGAUUUGGGUUUGAAAAUGGGAUUGAUUCGAUGAAAACAAUCCAGCAAUCUAAUGAAGUAUGCAAGAAUAUGCCAUGGGAUGAGAUUGCAACUCAUUUCGACAGAACCGUACGGAAACCAAAGGACAUCAGAAAAAGAUGGGUGAGCUCACUAGAUCCGAACUUACGCAAGGGAAAAUGGACCGUGAAAGAGGACGAGCUUUUGAUGCGAUCAUUCGCCCAGUGGGGGCCCCACUGGCUCAAAGUAUCAUCUGAAAUACCAGGAAGGACCGAAGAUCAAUGUGCGAAACGAUACAUUGAAGUGUUGGAUCCAAGCACUAAGGACAGGCUGCGAGACUGGAGACUAGAGGAAGACUUGGCGCUAAUCAGUAAAGUUAAACAGUACGGGACUAGUUGGCGCAAAAUUUCACUUGAAAUGGAGUCACGUCCAAGCCUCACUUGUCGCAACAGAUGGAGAAAGAUCAUCACAAUGAUAAUGCGCGGGAAAGCGUCGGAAGAAAUCACUAAAGCGGUCCAAGGAACAUCCCAAAGUGAACCUCAUCAAUCGUUAGACGAGCUAAGGGAAAGUCUGCGAGUAAAACUGGAAGAAAUGAAAGACGAACAAUUGCCUCCGGAUGGUGAGAACGUAAAAAACAGUAAUGAAUGUUCUGAAAAGCCACUGGAGCUUCUGCACCCUGUCUCCUCGAAUGACUCUUCGUCUAAUUCCCAAUCAGAGUUGGAUUCGCCUGAAAAAGAAGACUGGCCAACGCACACCAACCCAACACAACAGCAUAAUCAUGUCCAAAAACCGGCCUUAGAGGAAGAGGAGAACUUAAGUCCCCUUCAAGCACAGACAUCUCCAUUUACCGAACGACCGCAAGUCGGACAAUCAGCAAACAAUGGCACUCAACCUACCUCAACUUACUCGCCAGAGGAUAUACACCAGCAACAAAUUACUCAAGAUAAAAGGACAGGGUUAGCUCAUUCACCUCCCGAAGCGUCGACGGCUGAUCAAAAAAUUAGAAAGACAUCUACAUACAAGAGGAGACCCCAAUCUUCAAGAAUAGAUUGGGGCUAUUCACUUUCUGAUGGAAUGGGAAGAUCAGUUUCUGGUGGUUUGAUAUCAAAUUCGGAACUCGUUCAGGAACUUAUACAACAGGCGCGACAAAGCUCGCUGACAAUAUCCAUUCAUCAACAUAUUCACAAUAAUUUUGGAUCCGGCCAUCAUCCAGGAGAGGUCCCAGGCCUUUCAUUUACUGACGAGCUUCUCGGCGGUAUGCCACCAUAUGGUAUCAGUGAGGCGAGGGCUCAAAAGUCACACAAUACUCGUCCUUUCGAAACUGAUUUUCUGGGCAGAUCGCCUAAUUUUUCAGGUCUUGUGUUUGACCAGGAGUCGGAUCCGUUAGCGACUGGUCAUCCUUCAUCUCAGCAGUAUUCUGUCCUAUCUGCUUACCAUCAGAAGCCUGGGAACGGCAGCUCGAUUGGGUCGCGUUCCACUCCAGGGGCAGAAAUGGAGGAGAUUCCGCCACAUAGACAGUAUCAUUUCAAUUACCUACCGCCCACAAUGAAACCACAUCUGAGUUCGUCUUCACUUGCUAAGAAUCGCGGUAUGGUACGGCCGGCAAGUGAAAGUUCAACUUCUCCACAAUACAGGCACAAGGUUAGAAAAAAGAGAAGAGAGCUGGUUUGGGAUGAAAACACUCCAUUGGAUCGAUAUCGCUCCAGUGGUGCGACACCUAAGGAUGUUGAAGGCGGUACAAACAAUACAGUGUCCGGUACGUUAGAGGAAGAAGAUUUGGAUUUCUGGGAAAGCUUGCGUUCGCUUGCAGCGGUACCCUCUUCGAGCUCACACAAGUCCGGUCAUGAAGGUCCGCUCGAUGAGUACGAUUACCUCUACAACUUUUACGAGGAACAAGCUGAUUCGACACGGGUAAGGAACGAUGGAAAGAGCCCCAAGAUGCCAAAAAUACCAGACACAGCAGUACCGCGAAGCAACUACACCAAUAAUCCUGAGUCGGUACACCGGGGUCUGCCUUUCAACCCUAGCUGA